UCCUAUGGGAAUGUCUCCCAAGUGACCCAUUUUCAGUAAUAUUUAUUGUCGUAACUACUAUCAAUAAAUAAUUGAUAUCAAUAACAACAUCACUUUGCUAAUAAUAUUACUCAUUAAUUACUGUCACUUGCAGUAAACCUCACUGAAUAAAACUAACGUGUAGAUAAUGUCAAUACAAUUAAAAAAAUCAAGGAAUACACGCUAUGACUAGACUGUUUUAAUGUUCCACUUUAUCACACCAACACUUCUUGAGGACCUUUUCGACAUUCCUUUAAAAGGCAUUACUGUGCUCUGUUUCAUCAGUCUCUACCUGUGUAAAGACAGAAAGCAAAUUUUCUAAAUAGUCACAGUGACUUACUUACCAGGCACGUUUAUUCAUCAAAUGUGAGCAGUGAACUGUUCAAAUAUACAUUAACAAAUCUCACAAUGUUUGCAACUUGUCACUCUUUCUGUUUGUUAUUUGCAGCAGUACUUUUACUCUUUCAAUGUGAAAGCAACCGCUGACUGAUAUCUCCUCAAGUUCUGUGAUAGCAAGAGUGAUGGCUUCCCACUCACCUAAUCCCAAAACAUGGAUCACAGCAUUUAUGCAGACACAAUCUAACUGUCGUAUUAAUGUGCCAUGCUAAGAUUUUGUCACAUCCAUUUUAAUUAGCAUCAGGAAAUAUUUAUUACAAUCCAGUGAAUGCUGUUUCGAUGCACCGGCAAGGCUGCUGUCAUGGUAAAUAUUUAAAAGAUGUGGCGCCACAGUAACGCAUUAGUCAGCUUUUAGGUGCUCAGCUAUUCUGACACAUGAGAGUAACACACUGUUGAGUUACAUUCAUUGCCUGUUUUUUUCUCUGGUCAUUCAUUUAUCAGCAAUGGCUUUGGAUACCAAAAAUGACACUGGAUCAGAAAACAGUGGGUUGUCCCAGAAUAACCCUCUGCCAGAAAUCCUCAUUGGUACAGCUGGACUUGUCGGCAACCUACUGGUGAUUGUCGGACUCGUUCGGGCCAAUUUCAUGCACAAUGUCACCAGCAGGAUUCUCGUCAGCCUGGCGGUAAGUGAUCUUGUGGUCUGCCUGAACAUGGUAGUGUUCAGCUCUGCUGUGCUGGAUGUUGGGAACUCUCAGCAGGUGCAAAACACAUUCCUCGGCUACAUGGCUUGCAAGCUGUUCAGUGACCGCAUUCUAGUAUGGAUACCGUCAACCACGUCCGUCACGCACCUUGUUCUUGUGACCUACGAAAGGUACGUUGCCAUUGUUCGACCUUUCCAAUAUGAGGACUGUUUCAAGCUGAGUCGAGUCUACACUGCCAUUGCUUUCAUGUGGGUACUUUCCAUACUAAUGCAAGUUCCAUACAUGAUCAGUGAUGGUUAUGAUGUAACACAGCAAAUUUGCGUUAGCCAACCGUGUGGAAGUCAGACCGCCUUGCAAGUGUUUUUUGUCACGACAAACAUUCUUCUUAUCGUCUUACCCACCAUUGCCAUGCUCUGGUUCUAUUGGAGGAUUCUGCAGCGCCUUGGUGAGGACGCCAAACGCCUGAAAAAAGACAAUGCAGACGGCCCGGCCCAAGAACUCCACCUCGUACGCAGGAAAAUUGUCCACACCCUGCUGACCAUUGUCGUGGCUUUCAUCUUGCUGUGGUUCCCCGAGAUGAUCUUAGACAUUGCCAGGAAUUUCAACUGCAACAUCUUCGUCCCCUCAAAGCUUGAGAAAGCCUUUUUGAUGAUGACAUUUUCAAAUUCUGCUGUGAACCCAAUUAUCUACGUAUUCAAGUACAAAGGAUUCCGCAAGGCAGUGAAACAGGCCAUCUGCCCAUGUUGUAACAAAGCAAUCCUUGCAAAUGAGAUAGACCUUGUUUCUUUACACUAAAAUAGUACGACAGAAUCAGAACAAUAACGCAGAGACACCUCAGCACACACACGUAUUGGGUCUGAUCCAAAAAAGUGCUAAUGUACCACUUGACAACACGGUUUCCCACUAAACUGCACAUCGCAAAUUAGCCUGUGAGGGUGAUUUUAUCAAACGGCAUAAUGGUCACCACCUGACAGCUACACCAUGUACAGUUAGUAUAACAGUCAUUAUUUUACCAAUACAGCAAUGGAUGCUGGUUCUGCUUUGCUUUUUUCAUACUUUAUGCCCUUUAUCAAAGCUUGACGGCUUUGCCUGCUACCCAAAUACAUGUACAUAUACAUACAUGUACAUGUAUUGAGUGCAGCAAAGUGGUUUUUACAAAGGCGGAUAGACACGGAUAGAUACGGAUAAAAUGCUGGGUAGGUGAGAGUGCCCAAAGCACAUAGUGACAAGCAACACAUGGAGCGGAUCGCUUUAAUUGAAAAUUCACUUUAAUCUCAAUAGAAAAAAUUACUGUGUCAAAUCUAAAAAUUUGAGUGUUAACCGCAUUGAAUGUCUAAAACAAUCUACCGGUACUUAAUUGAUCAGAGAAUUUCUUACGGUGUUUGACGUUGUAAUUUAAUGUCACAAGUGCUUUUUCUUUGUAUAUCAAGUCGCUUUUGAAGAAUGUCCACACUCUUCAUUCUUAAAAAGUGUACAUUACUGUAUAGGGUGACGCCACAAGAGUGGUUUAAGUUAUUUUCUGUAACACCAAGACAAUGUCUGUGUUGGAGUUUCAGGUUCUCUGUAUCUCCACACUGGUGUCUGUGCUGAAUAUGUUGCUUAGCAAUUAAUUCUCCAGUGUGAAAACCUUUACCACAGUGAUCCCCUUCCACUCAUCUCUGUAUAGUGCCGAUGUGAAUAAACUUGAUAACUUAGAUUCAAACUAGUGUUUUGAGAGUACAUUGUAGUAAUUUGUUUAUUCAGCAUGAAUGAGUUUAUAAAGAAGUGAUCUCUGGUAAUCAUAAGGUAUCUCAACAGAACUCCUUGUUUACUGGGGACAGACAUUUCUGAACUUCUGUUUGUACUGUGUUGGUGCUGUGGCAUCGGUGAAUGUGACAUGUUCUCUGCUGCGGCACAACCCUUUCGUGAGACAAACUUUCUGUAACUAUCUUUGACAGCAGAAGAAUCUUAUUUCAAAGGCAUUGCUUUGAUGGCAAGCUGCUGUAUCUUGAGCUAAUGGAUAAAUCUCCUCAUUUACAAUCUUGUAAAGUCGUCAUGUUGCAUGUACUCACAAGUACGGAUAAUACAUGGCACAUCUUCAGCACCUUCUACAUUCAAACCACCUGAUCAACGUAUUCAUUACCAAGACUACCAUUCCUUCAUUA